AUGUCAGACUCAGCAACCAAACCCGCUAUGGGUCAAAGGCGACCACCAAGGAGCGCGGGUAGGCGCAGGCUCGAUGCACCCGGGGAAGCUAUACUGUCUGAGGAUCGGCGAAGCCAAAUCCGGCGUGCUCAGAGAACCUAUAGACUGAAGAAAGAAGCAAGUCUUCAACAAACCCAGAAACGAGUGGCCUUCCUCGAAUAUAAGAUCAAAGAGAUCUCAAAUUCACUUGCGGAAUACAGGGUCACUCUUCAGUCUAGCCUGCACGGCACCCAUUGCGAACUUCUCAGGGAUUUUGACGGCAUCCUGAGUCUUCUGACUUCUGCAUCCGAGGACUUUGUUCAGGGAACCAGCGUUAACGACGUUUCAUUGAGAGAAACUUCCAAGAAGUCUACUCCAGAAUCACUCAAGGACAUCCAAUGUGAUGGCCUUUUCGCCAAUGAUACUAAUUCUCGUCACCAAGCUAUUGCCGAGCCAAGCUCCACAUGCAUUGGUACGUCCCCGGAAACCGAGGCCAACCCGUAUCAGGAAAAUGGGGAGAGGGUCCUUUGUCGAUCCCCACCUGUCAUGCAGGAACAAAGAGAAUUCGAUCCCAUUGCGCAAAUCCUCGAUCGAUUUGGUGGAGCCAAUGUUCCCGAUUCAUAUGCAUUCCUGGAAAGUUCCUUCACUCGAAGACUCAAACGAUCCAGUCUGGAGCACGCCUUUCGAAUAUUUAGUGAUACUCGCUCUGAUCCCCUCGAAGUCUUCCGAGUAUUCAGGCUCGUCCCCUGUUUCCGGGAUAGGGCAAAGAUGUACCCUUACUUUAGGGACCUGGUCACUUCUGAACGAGGCAGUUCGCUGGAGAUUUCUACACUACCAUUUUAUUGUAUUGGGGGAGCUGGGACACAUUAUGCGACGAAAGAUGAAAAAGGGAAUCCCAUGUUACCCCCGAGGAUGAGACACCCUCGAAGGAUACUCGGCAAUCUACCCAUGUCCGGGAUUCCCGGUGACCCGAAUUCUGUCUAUCAGGCUCAGAGUCAUCUUGAGCUUUGUGGGUUCGGCGGCCAGUGGUUUGAUUGCCGCGAUGUGGAAGGAUAUCUUAGGGAGAAAGGUGUGGACUUGGACGGACCUGGUUCGUUUCCCACCGUGCAUAAUUUAGCACUGAGCCCCGGUCAAUCCGAUUUUGGGUCUGCUUUAUUGGACACUCAAUGCAUAUCAUUUUCUGAAACCCAGACUGCUUCGGCAUUACCUCAACAACCAUCAUGUUGCGUACUCGACGUUGAAUCUUUCUUGAUAGGUGAGCUUUCGCACCGACAUUAUGUUAAAGUCUCUUUCCUAAAAAAUACGUAA